CAGUAUCUACACGUCCGUGGCUCAACUCCUGGCCCACUCUUUCUUCUCUCUGAUGGCACCCCUCUACAUCGCCAAGGGCUGACAUCCAAUAUUCAAUCUAUCUUCUCCGCUGCUGGGGACCUUGGUUGCUACACCGGUCAUAGCUUCCGCAUUGGCGCUGCUACUUCAGCAGCCCCUCGUGGCUUACCAGAUCACCUCAUCAAGACACUUGGCAGACGGUCCAGCGAUGCGUAUCAGAUCUAUAUUCACACUCCCGUCAGUACUAUCGUGGGGGUAGCAAGCCUUCUCACUUGACAGGUAUUUCUUGCGUAUCUUUCUCUUUUCCUAGUUGUCCUUUUAGGGUGCCUCGGGACUUGGGUAGUUCGUGGCCAGGGCUUCCCCCAGCCCUGAGCCCCUCUUUCCCUCUCCGAUCUGGCUGCGUCAGCUCGGAGAGUCCCUUCGGCUUGGAAUGGGGGCUCAUGGCUGGGUUGCGGGGAUUUGCCAGCCAUGAGGGCAGUUUUCUAUGUAGGGGCUGGCUGGCCACAGUGGAAGCCCCUGGGUAUCCCAGGUACCCACCUUCCACUUAA